CCCAGGGGCGGGGCCAGCAGCGUCCACUCAGGCUGCCCCACGCGCCGCAGCGGCGGUGACGUGAGAGUGGCGCACGGACUGUCGCUGCGGCUGCGGAUCUGCCGACAGGCUUCCCUUUCCCCGCUGCCGGAGCUCCGGCGUCGCUGCGCGGUGGCGCGCGGGCGUCCGUAGCGCGGGUCCUGGCAGCGCGCCAUCUACAUCGAGCGCCAUGGCCGCGGCCGGCGGGCCAGGAGCGGCCGGACGCUGCCCUCUCCUCAGCCUCCUUUUGCUUCUGCUGAUCGCAGGCCCUGCCCUGGGCUGGCACGACCCUGACAGAAUAUUGUUGCGGGAUGUAAAAGCUCUUACCCUCCACUAUGACCGCUAUACCACCUCCCGAAGGCUGGAUCCGAUCCCACAGUUGAAAUGCGUUGGAGGCACAGCUGGAUGUGAUUCUUACACCCCAAAAGUCAUACAGUGUCAGAACAAAGGCUGGGAUGGUUAUGAUGUACAGUGGGAAUGUAAGACCGAUUUAGAUAUUGCAUACAAAUUUGGAAAAACUGUGGUGAGCUGUGAAGGCUAUGAAUCCUCUGAAGACCAGUAUGUACUAAGAGGUUCCUGUGGCUUGGAGUAUCACUUAGAUUACACAGAACUUGGCCUGAAGAAAUUGAGAGAAUCUGGAAAAAACCAUGGCUUUAACUCUUUCUCUAAUUAUUAUAAUAAGUUGUACUCCCCAGAUUCCUGUGGCAUCAGUGGAUUGAUUACCAUCGUGGUGCUACUUGCUAUUGCCUUUGGAGUUUAUAAGUUGUUCCUUAGUGAUGGUCAAGAUUCUCCUCCACCAUAUUCUGAGUAUCCUCCAUAUUCCCAUCAUUAUCAGAGAUUCACCAACUCAGCAGGACCCCCUCCCGCAGGCUUUAAGUCUGAGUUCACAGGACCGCAUGGGGCAGCUUCUGGUUUUGGCAGUGCUUUCACGGGGCAACAAGGAUAUGGAAGUUCAGGACCAGGGUUCUGGACUGGCUUGGGGACUGGAGGAAUAUUAGGAUAUUUGUUUGGCAGCAAUAGAGCAACAACACCCUUCUCAGACUCGUGGUACUACCCAUCCCAUCCUCCCUCAUCCUCCAGCACGUGGAAUAGCCGUGCUUACUCGCCACUUCGCGGAGGCUCAGAGGGCUAUUCAGCAUAUUCAAGCUCAGAGACAAGAACCAGAACAGCAUCAGGAUAUGGUGGUACCAGAAGACGAUAAGAAAGUGAAAAGUUGAAGUCACACAUUGGAUGCAAAAUUUCUGAUUUUUCAUCACUUUCUCUUAAAAAAAAGUGCUACCUGCUAACAACUGGGGAAAGGGCAUAUUCAAAAGUUCUGUGGUGUUUUGUCCUGUAUAGCUUUUUGUAUUCUGUUAUUUGAGGCUGAGAGUUGAUAUUUGACAAAAUGCUUAUGUAGAGAAUUGUAUGUUAGUGUAACAUGCAGAUGUAUAUUAUAGUUUUUGAAAGUGUGGAAUGCUGAAAAUGUAUUGUUUGAUUUCUAAAACCUGUGAUGCCAUAAGAAGCGUUAAGAAUGAAGGCUUUAUACCAAUAGGAACUGAGUACAGAACAUUUUCAUCUUAGAUGGUUUUAGUUGAGUCAUUACCUCAUAGAAACAAUAAUAAUCUAUUUGUUCUUUAUUACUUGGUGUUUGCUGUCUUCAAACAUUUAAACCGAGCUUUGGACUACUAAUUAUACUAAUGUCUGGGUUUUGAUCACUUUUGAGCUCAGGAGCUUUGAGUCCUUCAGUGGGUGGUGGGGUUCUAGUAAGUGAGAAUUACCUUUGUUAGGAAAAGGUAGAAAGUCAGUAUCUGGAAGAUUGUUGUGAAUGAUUGUGUGCUGACAAAAAUGCUUGAAACCUCCAUAUUUAUUUCUCAAGAGGUGAAGUUUGAAUGCUUCAACAAAGGUUUUUUAACAGCAAAAGCAUGCAGUUCUCUGUGGAAUCUCAAAUAUUGUUGUAGCAGUCUGUUUCAAUCUUACAUUAAAAUGACAGAAAAAAUAAAAA